AUACCUAAAAAAACCGAAAUAGGAAAAGUCAAGAGUACCAGAAAUCGGAUUGGGACAUCAAACAACCGGCAGCCACGAAUGACUGUUUGUCUUGUUUCCAGUAUUCUAGACUCUGAUUUUCCAAAGAAAAGCAGAGCAAAGAAAAAGGAAAAAGAAAAUAAAAGAGAGCCGUCUCAAAGAUCUUGAAUUCUUCAAAGAGAAAGCAAAAAAAGAAAAAUUGUCACAGAUUCAAAGAGAGAAAAAAGAAAACCCAAAAAAGAGCCCUUUCAAGCUUCAACAUUUUACUACAACAACAACAACAAAAGAUGGGAUUUUUCAAUUACGGCGUUGCCGGCGUUGGUUUCAUCUUGAUCGGGUUCUGGGAAUUCAUCAACUCCUUAAACCCAACCCUAAACCCGUUUCCAACUCCAUCUUCUUCUUCACUUUCAACCCAGAUCAAAUCUGCCUCUAUUUCUAAAACUAAAGAGAACCCUUUUUCAUCAUCACCAUCUUUCAUCUUUGUCUCAAUCUUUUCCCUUUUGAUUUUCUUGAAUUCUGUGGUUUCAAUCUUUGAUGCUUUCAGUUCAAAGGAUCGGGUGGGUACGGUGCUCCAGUUACAAAUGCUCUCACUUGCUCUGCUCUUCUUGCUUUACUCUGCUUUGGGUCUUUUAAAUAAUAAGAAAGGUUCAUACUUUUGGCCUGAUUCUGUUCUUGAAUUAGUUCUGCUUUUAGCUUUUGUUGAAGAAUUUUUGUUGUAUUACUUGCAAAGAAAGGAUACAAGUGGGAUUGAGAAUAGAUAUUUUGAUCUUUUAUGUGUUCCCAUAGCAAUUUGUGUGGUUUCAACAAUGUUAGAAUUGAGAUCUACGAGGUCCAUUUACUCGAAAUCGGUACGAGGUAUUGGGUUGAUUUUACACGGAACAUGGUUUGUGCAAAUGGGAUUUUCAUUUUACACUAAUUUGAUGGUUCAUGGAUGUAGCUUACAUGAAAAAAGUAGAGGGAAUUAUACUAUUAAAUGCAGAAGUCACCCUGAUUAUCAUAGAGCAAGGUCUAUUGCCACAUUGCAAUUCAAUUGCCAUCUUGCUUUGCUUGUGGUUCUGGUUGUUGGGAUGUUAUCGCUUAUUGGCAAAAGAAAUGGUGUUGCUGUUGGUGCUUCAGGGGAUGGUUUGCGGUAUAAGCCAUUAGGGGCCGAAAUACAGCUAAUGGAUAGUAACGGGGGGAAUUUCACUUUGGAUUCUGAUGAAGAUCUCGACAAUGGGAUUAAAGAAGAAGAUGAUUUGGUGAAAGAGAAGCCAGCUGUUGUGGAAUUGGGUGUUAAUGGCCAUGCUUCACAUGUCUGAGGUAAACAUUUAGUGGUUUCUUUCGGAUAGCUGGGUGAAAAGCAUUGUAAUUUUAUUCUUUUGUAAUGAUAUUAGUGAAUAAGUGAUGAUUGACUUUGCAUAAACUAAAAUAUACCCGUUUGUUUGUUGUUUUGUUCAAUGAGAUUUGAGUUCUAUUUCGUGUUCUA